GUGAUAAUAGUUAAAACUCUGUAAUGAAUUUACGUUGUAUCAAGGCUUGCAAAAUUAGUAUCAGGAAAUUCUCUAGAUUGAUAUCCUAAGCCACAAUCGGUGUCACAAAAUUAAAUUAUUUUAUUAUGGUUCAAAAUCUUCCAAACUUCCAUAAAUUUUUUCAGGACUACUGAUAUAUUGUUAUCAUGCCUAUAGCAAAAGCGCAAGUUGAUAUUACUUUGUUGUAUUCAUCAGCUUGUUGCAUUAACCUAUUGCUAGCGUGAAAGCUGUUUGAUGAUUGUGAUAAAUACUACUAUGGAGAUCAUGGUUCUUUAGAAUGUUAUGACUCUUGAGUAUGGGGUAUGACAACAACUUGGAUUGUAUAAAACAGGUAUGUUACCUUUCCUUUUAUUAAUUGGUGUAUUGGAGAUGCAUAGGAUAGUUUUAAUUGUACCUUGACUCUUAGUUUAAGAACUCAAGAUGGCAAUAACAAGAUGGAUUAUGCUUCAGCUGCUUUACACUGUGGUGCUGGACAAGCACAUGAUUAAGAACUUGAAGUAUUUUCUAAUAGUUUCAACUUAGUUUCCACUUGCUGCAUUGAUGUGUGAAAUUUUUUUUUUUUUAAAAAUUGAUUAUCAAGGCAGAAUUCAUCGAGGGGUAUAGUUAUAUUCAAAGAUGGUUACAAGAUAAGUUGCUUUCCAGGAAAUAAUUCUUUGCUCGGCUAAUCCAAAGUCAUGGAAAGGCCUCUCAAGCAUGAACGUAGUUUAAACUAUAUAUUUACAAUCCUUUGGCAUCUUCAGUUCAUCAGUUCUCAUUGCUUCCUUGCCUACAAAAUAAAAACUGUUUAUUUAUUUUUUGCAAAAAAUUUCCAUACGACCUUAAUUAACACAAGCAAAAAAGGAGAGAGCUGAGGGAGAUGUGAAAUAAAGAUAGAAAAAGGAAAAGGGCCAUGAAUGCUAACCUUAAACAAUCACAUUGGAAUACAAAAACAGGAGUUUGAUGCAGAGGCUGAUACUCCUGAAAUGGAAGUUGAUAAGAUGCGUCAACACAUCAAGAACAAUAGGUUCUUUCACGGGGUGCCAACUUACUCAUGCAUAUGCAGUUUAUUUGACACUGAAACAAUGGGAAGAAGUGUGGGAAUGGAGGGAAAUGACCAUUUGGUGCACGAACUUGUAGAUGUUGAAAGAUUUUCAGAAUUUAUCAAAAACAUUGUCCAAACCAUGGGAAUGAUUUUCAAAUUCCAAGGAAGACUAAACAGUACCUUAUAUGGGAGCAUCUUAUGAAGCCAUUCAAGGAAAACUAAAUAGAACCUUAUCUGGGAUCAGUUUUUUUUUUUUUUUCAAGUUCAUGUGUAUUUGUGGUUGUGGAUAUGUCAGUUUGUUGUUUGAAGACUUCCACCACGUGUAUUUGAGAUUUCAAAUGGAAUAUGGUUUGAAAUGAUGGGACUUGCUUGCAUUAACGUUAGAAGAUAUAUAUUUUUUCUUUGAUAAGGAACGUUAGAAGAUAUAUUUAGUAUUUGAAUUCCUCUUUGUUUUAUACCUUAUGUACAUGUUAUGUACAAUACAAUGACAAUCACAAUUUUUUGAAAGACUUUAACUAAACUGGAAAUCAAAUUAACCAUGUUGGGCCCGUGCUAUACUUGCUAGUAUAUAUUAGAAACGGCAGUUGGGGUACGAACAUGGACGAACAAGGGGCAGUUUUUGUAAUUUUCGUGUUUCAUUUGUUUGGGGCAAAUUUGGGACUGAAGACCUUCUGUAUAUUAUACCCCAUAAAAUACGGUUCUUCUUCUUCUUCAGAUCUAGAAUCUGCCCCAUGCGGUUCUUCUUCCUUCAGAUUCUAGAAUCUACCCGGUCAAGAGAUCUAUUCUCCCUCACUUCUCUUUCUCUGCUUCUCUUUCUCUGCUUCUAGCUCGGAUCUGCUCCUCAAUUCAGAUUAUUUCUGAGUUACAGUAAGUUGUUGUUCUUCUUUUUUCUGACUUCUCUUCAUCCUCUCUUCUUCAAUGUGUCCAAUUCAAUGGUGGCUAUUUUCAUUUUUUUUUUAAUUUUUAGGAGUGCUCUUUUAUUUUUUCCCUUUAUGAUCAAUGCAUAAGAAACAAAAAUUAGCUCAAGCACUAUUCAUCAUGGUAUGAUUCUUUUACCGGGAGCUAUAGUCAUCAGCUGAGUAGUCAACUUUUUCCAUUCUAAAAAUCACAACAUAGGAAGAAGUUUUGGAGCACCUUCAUAGAGCAAGUAAACACCAAUCGCUAAAAGAAGUUGGAAAUGAAAGGAUCUCGGAAAAGAGAUAUUAGUAAGUUAUAAAGUAGAAGGUACUAUAACAUCUCAAUUGGUUGUAUUGGCUGUGAUUCAGCUAAUGUAAAGUGUUGUUUUUUAAUAUGUUUAAUUAGAACAUUAUCCUCAUGGAAGUUAGAUCUUUCUAAGUAAACUUUUCCCAACCAACAUAUAUACUAAUAUUCUAAUUUAAUGCUAAAUUGUUCUUGUAGCAGUAUGUGUUGUAAUUGGUAAAUGAUUAAUUACCUCUCACUUCUUAUGUAGAAGUAAAAUUUUCUUACCUUACCAAGUCUCAGAACUAAAUGCAAUUGAUAUAUUCUUGAAUUUUAUAAUUUACCCAUCGGGCACACGCAAUCGAAGUGAUCUGCCUCGAUUGGAGGGACUAACAUACAUCUCCAAGUUUAGCAGAAUCAUGGUAUCUUCAAGUAUAAGACAUCAUAGUCCAUAUUUACUGCAGGUUUCCGGCUCAGCACAACCUUGCCUUUCAGAAAGAUGGGCAAGGGUUCGGCUUGCUUUCUUAACGAGAUAGAAAUAAUUAAUUUAGGAUCCCUGAAAGAUGUUUUGAUGUUUUUGGUUGAAAACACUUUAUGUUCACCUCAUUCUAUUCAAUUUAUGAAGUUAUAUGUACUCUUACAUUGCGUUUGUUUCAACAAAUCCAAGACACUUCAACUUCUUCGCAUUUGCUGAUAGACUCCCUGUAGUAGCAUUGUGCCAUACUACCAUUGAACAUUGAGUUUAUCAUUCGACUUAUGGAUUCGUAGGAAGAUGGCUCAGUUGCAUGUACCCUAUGGAGAUGGCUGCACUACUUUUAACUUCGUAGUUUUUCCUUCUAAAGUUGGAGACUGAUGCUAUACUUCUAACUCACUAUAAUAUUUUUGCAUUCCGUACUAACAUUUUUUAUGUCGUGCUUUGUUAGAAGAGGUUGUUGUAAGAAUGAAUUCUCCAAACAAGAAUUUGGAAUUGUUGUGCUAUUGGUACUUCAA